AUGCUCCGCUGUGGUCCCCGCACUCUGGGGCCACCCAGAUCCCGGGUGCCCAGCUCAGGGAGCUUCCAGGCCACUCGGGGACAAGCACGAGACCCAGCGAGACACAGUAACUUGGGGCUACAGCAGCUCGGAAUCAGGCCACCUCUCAAAUCCAAGGAAGGAAAAGCCCUAGAGAGGGACCAGAGGCGACAGCAGGCCCACAGCCAGCAGACACCGCCCCGGCCGCCCUCUUGGUUCACAGGCCAGCUGAGCGCCAAGGUCCACCCUUACCUGCUUUUGUUCUGUCGCAUCCUUGCCUCUCUGAGUGGAGCUGGGACACCGAAGCCGCGGGAGGAGGCCGCCUUUCCCCCGCAGCAAACACAGCGCAGCUCAGGACCACUGCCCGUCAGGCGCCUUGGCAACUCAGCGGUCCCCCAAGGCCUGUUUAGCCGGAAACAGCAGCGUCGGGCUGGCCGCGUCCACCCCGGGAGCGCAGGCCGUGAGCUUCGCUCUCCUCGGUUUGCAUUCCCAGGUCACGGGAUAUCAGCCAAGAUCCAAAUCGGAAAGGACGGGGCCUCAUUGCAUGAUUACCGGCAGCGGCCCCAGCUGAGUUCCAGGAUGCGGGCUGAAAAAUGCUGUUUCCUCCUUUCACGGCUGGAACGAGCGAGGCGGAGGCCUCCAGGAAGCGCCUUCUCACCAUCUCACCAGGCUGCCCACGGUGGACCCUGUGGCCGGAGACACCCUUCCCCUGGAACUGAGAGCCCUGUGCAGGUUCAGCGGGGUGGACCCCCAUCUCCCCCCGCCCCCAUCUCCCCCCCGCCCCCGCCAAGAGCUCGAGGAAGGGGCGUGGCUGUGUAA